CAUAAAUUGUCGGAAGCCUGCAUAACAUCAAUAUACCAUCAGCUUGGCAAGAAUUUUGCAGCGUAGCGUACUAUUGAACGAACCUUACUCUACACACGGCUUCUGGCGCGACAUAGGACUAUUUGUUAAGUCUACACCCAAGUACUAACAGCUCUGGACGUGCUUGUGGUGGCCGGGCGACCCCGGCCGGGUUUGUGGAGGCAGCGCUGGAGCCAGUAUGAUGCAGUCAAGUGCUGCAGAGCUGGUACUCAUCAAGAAAUAUGAGAAGUUUAAAUCCAAGCGCGAGGAAGCGGCGGCCGCACGGCGACAGGUGGCAGCGCAGCAGGCGCGUGCGACGCUAGCCUCCAAGCUGCCGCCGUCGCUGGCCCAGGCGCUAGGCGCGGCCGGCGGUUUGAUUCCCCCACGCGGCGGCGGCGGCGCCCGCCCACCAGGCACCGCACCUGCCGCCGGUAACGAAGCCGCCGCCGCCGCCGCCGCCGCUGCCGCCUCUGCCGCGGCGGCUACUGCAGCUGCUUCGGACUCGGGGUCAGACGGCGGGCCGCCCGGCGAGACUGCCAAGGACCGUGCGCUGAGGGCGCUGAAGAUGCAGCGGCAGCGGCGCGAGGCGGGCCUGGAGGCGGAGCCGCUGCCGCCGCCCACCGUGGGACUGGGCGGCCGCAAGCUGCCCAGCGCGGCGCGUCGCAACUUCGCCGCCGGCGGCCCGCCGCCCACGCCGCUGCACACCUCCACCUCGGGCGACUUCCACAUGGAGUCCCUGGGGGGGCCGCCGGCGGCGGCGGCGGCGGCGCCGCCGCCGCACCACGCGGCCGCGGCGUCCUACACGCCCAUCAUGCCGCGUCCGCGUGUGCCGGCAGUGGCGGGCGCUGGCGGCGGCGGGCCGGGCGGAGAGGCGGGCGGGGCGUCCAGCUCGGGUUCUGUGACCGCCGCGGGCGCCGCUCUUGCGGCGCACUCCGGGCCGCCGGGUUUCAAGCCGCCGGGGUCAGGGCCUCCCGGCUUCAAGGCACCCGGUUCAGGGCCACCGGGGUUCAAGCUGCCGGGUUCAGGGCCGCCCGGGUUCAAGCCGCCGGGCGUCGGCGCCAGGCCGCCAGGGGCGGGGCCGGCGGCGCCGCCGGGGUUCAAGCCACCUGCGCCGCCGGGCUUUCGCCCGCCCGCGCCGCAGGGGUUCCGGCCGCCCGCGCCCUUCAAGCCGCCGGGCGCCGCUGCUGGCGCCGCGGCGGGUGCGGGUGCGGGUGCAGCGGCCGGGCCGGGCCGCGGCGGCGCGGGUGGCUCGCUCACCGGCAACAAGCGAGCCACGCCCGAGCCGCCGAGCGGCUCUUCGGCUGGUGGCGGCGACCUUUCGGAUGAUGAUCCAAACGCGGCGGUCUCGGGCAGGGCUGCAUCGUUCUGGCGGGAGCCCGCAUGCGGCGACGGCAGCAGCAGAGCCGGCAGUAGCAUGGAUGGCGGCGGCCGCAGCAGCGGCGGUGCGGUCGGUGCGACGACGGCAUCGAACCGGCUGCUGCUGCCGCCGUGUCAGCUGGGCUGGCGCGCGGUGCUGAGCGGCUGUAGCAGCCAGCAGCAGCACGAGCUGUGCCUGGACUGCGGCUGUAGCGGCUGCAUUAGCUGCAGCAGCGGCGGCGGCGGUGGCGGCUGGCUCAGCUUGGCGUUCGGGAAUAGGCCCGACAGCGUUGCCGGCUGUAGCGGUGCUGAUCGGCUGGGCGGCGCUGGCGGCGGUGCUCGGAGGCAGGGCGGCUCCGGCUGCUGCGGUGAUGGCGAUGGGGUGUGCGCGCGGCGUGGCGGCGACGGCAGCGACGCCGAUGACGAGGGCGAGGGCGGGUGCAGCGGCGGCACUGGCGGCGGCGGCGGCGGGGGCGGGGGCUGGGGGCUGUCGGGCGGUGGGCGCACGAUACCGCAGUACGACGGCGCUGGUGACGACGGCGAACUGGGCGGCAUGGGCGCAGACGUAGACAUGGAUGGCGGCGGCGGCGGCGGCGGCAAGGGGUACAUGGGGCUCGGAAGCACAGGCCUGCCGCAUGACGCCAUGGACGCCAUGGACCCCGCGGCGGCAGCAGCGGCAGCCGGCGGGGGCGGCGCCGGCGGCUCUGCGCCGCUGGCGGCGGGCGAGGUGCCGGCGCUGGCGCUGCUUCCGCCGGACCAGGUGGCAGGGGCGGGGGCGGAGGUGGUGGAGCAGGUGGCGGUGGCGGUGUACCAGGCCACGGCGGCGGUGGCGGUGGAGAGCGCGGUGGCCUACGCCAACGCCACUGCGGAGGUGCUGCAGGCGCAGGCGGCGCUGGCGGCGGCGCUGGCGGAGGCGGGCACGCCCAUGCCGGAGCCGUUGCUGGCGGCGGCGGUGGGCGGGCACGUGGGCGUGCCAGUGUCGCCGGUGGUGGACCCGGCCUGGGGCGCCGUCAUGCCGCCCUACGGCGCGCCCCUAGCGGCGGCGGCGGCGGCGGCGGCGGCGGCUAGGUUUGAUCCCGCCUCUGUCGGCGCCGCCGGCAUGCCGGCUGUCCCCAGUGUGCCAGACAUGGCGGCACUCGCGGCGGCCGCGGCGGCGGCGGCGGUGCCCGGUGCCCUGCCGGCGGCUGACUCACAGCGCCCGCCAACGCCGACGCCAAUGGACGCAUCGCUGUUGGGCGGCGGCGCGCCGCCGCCGGCAGCGGCGGCGCCGCCGGCCGUGUCCUUCUUUGGCGGUGCCCCGGGUGUCUUCCCGCUACCGCAUGACGACCCCGCCGCGGCAGCGGCGGCGGCGGCGGGCGCAAGUGGCGCCGCCGCGCUGCCGCUACUGCCCGGCUGCCUCCCGGGCAUGACACCCGGGGUGGCGGACCCGGCUGCCGCCGCCGCCGCGGCAGCGGCUGCGGCGGGCCUGCCGCUGCAGCUCCCCCUGCCCGGGAUGCCCUUUGGCGGCGACUACAUGAACUCAUUUGCGGCGGCGGCGGCAGGCACAGACCCCAUCUCCGCCGCCGCUGCGGCUGCCGCGGCAGCGGCGGCGGCGGCGGCCGCAGCCAUGGUGGCUGCAGGCGGCACUGGCGCUCUCGGUGCCGGCUUUGGGGACGCGGUUCAGCCGCAGGCACAUCGCGAGGGCCCGGCUGGGCACAUGGCGUCAGACCUGCAGGCGUUUGGCGCCGUACAACAACAGCAGUUAGCGCAGCAGCAGCAGCAACAGCAACAGCAGCAAUAUCAACAUCGCCAGGAUCACCAGCAAGACCAGCAGCAGGACCAGCAGCAGGCAGCUGCAGCAGCGAGCGACGGCGUGGGCGCGUGCGUGGACUUGGCGGCCUUGGCAGUGGCGGGCGACGCGGUCGCCAAUAGCGUCGGGGGCUUGGGCAUGAUGUCGGAGGACAUUGCGGCAGCCCCCCACGGCGCGCGAGAGGCGUACGCACUGGAUUCAGAUGAGGCCAUCCUAGCGGCGGCGCACCAGGUGCAUGCGGCGGCGCAGGCGGCGGCGGCGGCGGCGGCGGCCCAGGCGGCGGCGGAGCAGGCCGUGGCGGUGGCGGUGCAGGCGGCGGCGGAGGCGGCGGCGCCGUCGGGAUAUCACGCACAGCAGCAGGUGCAGCAGCAGGUGCAGCAGCAGCAGGCACAGCAGAUGCAAGUAGCAAUGCAGGUGGACACCGCGCAGGCUUGGGACCCACAACAACAACACCAGCGACAGGAGCAGCAGCAGCAGCAGCAACAGGAGCAGGCACAGCAGGUGGCAGGUAGCAGCAUCCAGCAGCAGCAACAGCAGCAGCAGCAACAACAACAACAGCAGCAGCAGCAGCAAGAGCACACGCGCACAACAAGUCCGGGCGCGGACGGCGCCAGCAGCGGCUCCGGCGGCACCUGUUCGCCGGGACCAGGGACUCAGGCCCGGCGCGGCCUCAAGCUGAAGCUGGCGCCCUCGCCCGCAGUCCUGGCGCAGCGUGCGCAGCAGGUGCAGCAGGCGGCGGCGGCAGCGCAAGCGGUGACGCAGGCGGCGGCGGCGGCGGCGGCGGGUAAGCCAACGGGCGCAGGAGCGCCGGCGGCAGCGGCGGCGGCGCCGCAGCCAGGCGUGGUGCGGGGCGCGGCGUCGCCGUCAGCAAGGGCGGUGUCCCCGCCGGCGGCGGCUAAAGGCGGGCUAGCAGCCAUGGCGUUUGGCACGGGCGCGGCCAAGGCGGCGACGCCCACGGCUCGCCUGGCGUCUUCCGUGUCGCCUCCCCGACCCGGCGCGGCGGCGGCGGCGGCGGCGGCGGCAAAGCCGGCGGCUGGCGCGGCGGGCUCGGCGGCGGCGGCAUCGGCGCCCGCCAGGGGAACGGACGCCGCCGCCGGGCGGCAAGUGCCUCGGCAGGCGCCGGGCCCUGCUUCUGGCGCAGCUGCCGCUGCUGGCGGUGCUGCCGGCGUCAGUGGGGCGACGCGGGUGGCGCUGUCGCCCGCUGCCGCGGCCGCCAGCGGCGCCUCGCCGGUAGUGCUGGCAGCGAAGCCGGCGGCGCCGUCGCCAUUCUCGACGCCGCGCGCACAGGCCCCGGCGCCAUCGGGCGCAGCGGCGUCGCCGGCAGCUGCGGGCCCGGCCUCACCACCCGCGGUGGCGGCAGCCACGGAUGCGGCUUCGCCGGACGCGGGCGCCGCCUCGCCGCCGCCGCCGCCGCUGCCGCCGCAGCGCUCGGCGUCGCUGCUCAGCGCGGGCCGCCAGCCCAUGCGCGUGUCGCUCGCGCCCAAGCGCAGCAGCGCGCCGCCGCAGGCGGCGGCGCCGCCGCCGCCCCCGCCGCCGCCGCCACCAGGGGGCGCCGACGGCGCCAGCCCGCCGCUCAAGGGCGCGGCGGCGGCGGCGGCGGGCCCGCCGCCAAGCACGCCUGUUGGGGACGCUCCUGCCAAGACGGCCUCGCCGCCGGCUCUCGCCAACGCAAAGGCCGGUGCGAGCGCCGCCGCCGCCGCCGCACUAAACGGCGGCGGCGGUGUGCUGGGCCGUCGCCGCUCGCGCUCGCCGUCGGCGGCGGCUUGGGACUCGGGCGAGGGGUCUGACUACAGCUGGGAGUCGGGCAUCGCGUCCUCCGAGUCUGACAUGGAGCUGGAGGCGGCGGAGGCAGGCAAGGGCGGCGCGGCAGCGCCGCCGUCGCACGCGCACGCGCACCACCAGCACCACCAGCACCAGCACCACCGCCACGCCCAUGCCCACCCGCACGGCCAAGGCCAAGGCCACGAGCUGCCGGCGCACAUCAGCGGCACCAUGACAGUCGCGCAGUACUACGCAUCCCUGCCCACACACCCCUACGCCGCCGCCGCUACCGGCGGCGGCUCCGGGACGCAGCCACACCACCACCACCACCAACACCAACACGGCACGCCGCAGCCCAUCCUCCACCACCGCUUCGCGCGCGGCCGUGGCGGCAACGGCGGCGGCGCCGCGGCGCACUCGCGGUCCCGCUCUCGCUCGCGGUCCCGCUCACCACGGCUCCGCCACGCCCGGGGGCGGGACCGCUCGCGCUCUCCCUCCCGCCGCGGCGGCGCCGGCGCCGGCCGGCCUCGCUCCCGGUCCCGGUCCCGGUCCCGCGGCUCUCGCUCCCCUUCACGCCGUCGGAACAGCGGCGGCGGCGGAGGUGGUGGCGGCGGAGGCCGCAGCGGCGGGCGCGCACGGUCACCCAGUCGCGCCGUUGUCGGCGGCAGUGGUGGUGGCGGAGGCGGCGGCUCUGGCGGCCAGGACCGCCGGAGGAAGAAGCGGCGCAUGCGGGGCGGGCGCGGCCGCCACGGCCGGACCAAAGUGGACAUGGCGGCGGCGGCGGCGGCCAUGGCGGCCGUGUUUGGACCGGAGGCGGCGGCAGUGGCGGUGACGGGGGCGUCCGGGGCGGCGGUGGUGCCGCCGGGCGGCGAGCCGGCAGCAGCUGCUGCAGCGGCGACGGCGACGGCGGCUGAUGUGGCGGCCGGGGAGGAGGCCGGGCGCCCCAGCCUGCGGCAACUGCCCGCGGGCGAAGACACCGCGAGCCCAGUCGGCGCCUCGCCGCCGCGUUCCACCUCCGCCGGCGGCCCAGCGGCGCCGUCGCCGCCACUGCCUCGCGUUGGCGGCGAGCCGGCGGUGGCGGCGGCGGCAGCGCCGUCCGGCGCCGCCGCCGCCACCGAGGCAGGCGGUGGCCGCGGCCGCGACCGCGCGCGCUCCCGCUCUCGUUCUCCUCGAGGGGGCGGCCGCGACCGCGAGACCCGAGGGCGUGAGGGCCGAGGUCGCGACCGCAUGGACGGAGACCGGGGCCGGAACAGGGACCGCGGCCGUGAUGGGGGGCGCAGCCUGGACGCGGAUAGGGAGCGGGAGCGGGAACGGGAGCGGGAGCCGCGGGGCGGUCGGGGCUACGUCUCCCGUUCCCGCUCGCGCUCGCGCAGCCGCAGCCGCUCGCGCUCCCGCGACGGCGACCGCGGCCGCGACCGCUCCCGGGACCGGGACCGGGACCGCUCGUGGGACCGCGACCGCGACCGCCGGCGGCAGUCUCCCGGGGGUGCCCGUGAGCGCGGCGGCAGUGGCGGCGGCGGCGGCGACGCCCGGUCUGCUGAGCUGGCAUGCACGCUGUUUGUGGGCGACCUGCCUCCGGGCAUCAGCGCGCCGGAGCUGCGGACCGUGUUCGAGACCUACUCCAAGGAGGUGGUCAACGCCCGGCUGGUCAACGGCCAGCUGUACGGCUUCGUACAGUUCGGCCGGCCCGAGGCCGCCACCGCGCUGCUGGAGCUGAGCCGCAACGUGGGCGUUGAGGCGGGCGGGCACAGGCUCAACGUGGCGAGGGCGCAGGGCUCGCUGCCAGACUGGAAGAAAACCGGUCCCAGCCAGCGGCGCAAUUACGGCGGCCUUGAAAAGUACGGCAGUGGCAGCGUGGGAGGUGGCGGCGGCGGCGGCGGCGGGUACGACGCCGCGCCGUACCACGUCACACUUGCCGACCUGCCGCCCAUCGCCAUCGCGCCGCAGCGCCGCGGCUCCGCCGCCGGGCCGCUGCGCGGCGGCGUGCCGGCGGCGGCGGCGGCGGCGGCUGCGGCGGCGGCGGCUGGUCUGUACGGCAUGUACGGCAUGGGUAGUCCCGUGAGCUCGGGCCAGCGCGUGACGCGGCACGUGCUGGACUACGACGACCUGUGAGGGCCGUGGGCAGCACAGGAGGGCCGUGGGCAGUACAGCAGGGCCGUGGGCAGCACAGCAGGGGGGAGGAAGCGGGGAGUUCAGGUGGGGAGUAGGACACUGUGGGCUCGGCCAGACCGCUCGACCCCAAGGGGCUUAGGGCGGCAAUGGAAACUUGCCGCUGAUGCCAAUGACACGGACGCGUGCGGACUAAGGUCUUUGUAGGGGUGUGCCGUGUCGUGGUGAUACAGACUCGCGGGAUGUGCGUACUGGGGAUUGUGUGCGACAGUGUGCGACAGCUGCUUGCAGGGGUCAGGUGUGUGUGAGACGAUACACGCAAUGUUGCCCUGCGGGGCGGGGAUGAGGCGGCACCGCCCCCACACGGCAUGUUGGCGGCGCCGCGGCGGGCGGGCGAACUGUGUGGACUGGCGGCAGCGCAUCGCGUGUGUGUGGGCGUAGGGGGAGCGGCAGGCUCCGAAGGGCGUGCUGGCAUAUUGGCAUGCAAAGAGCAAAAAAGAUUGAAUGGAUCGUCUUGCAGUUGUAAUGCCUGUCCGGU